AUGGCUAGCUUUCAGGUGGCCGACGCGUCGGAGUAUCUGGCCAUCACCGGCUGGGGCAUCGACGACGUCAAGCUCGCCAAGAAGGCGUGGGUUUUUAUGGGGCAGCAGUGCAAGAAGUUCAGCAUCUCGCCGGUGAACUAUGAGUUCGAGGUGCACACCAUCUUCAUACUCCCCGCGGUCUUCACCAUCGGCCCCAAGAUCACAGCCGCCGGGGGCGAGGAGUCGGACAGGAAGGACCUUGAGGCGCAGCUCCUCUUGUACGCCAAGCUCAUCGCGCCGCUGCACAGCUCGAGGAGCCACGUCCAGGAGCUCGUCAAGGGGAUCAUCGAGGGAGAGACCCGUGUGCUCGCCGCCGAGCUCACCAUGAAGGAGAUCUUCAAGGGCACCAAGACCUUUAAGGAGAAGGUGUUCAACCGGGUGCAGCUGGAGCUCAACCAGUUCGGCCUCGUCAUCUACAACGCCAACGUGAAGCAGCUGGUGGACGUGCCGGGGCACGAGUACUUCUCCUACCUCGGCCAGAAGACGCAGCAGGACGCGGCGAACCAGGCCAAGGUGGACGUGGCGGAGGCCCGGAUGAAGGGAGAGGUGGGAGCCAAGAAGAGGGAGGGGCUGACGCGGCAGAAUGCGGCAAAGGUGGACGCCGAGACCAAGGUGCUGUCGGUGCGGCAGCAGGGCCAGGGGCUCAAGGAGGAGGCCAAGUUCAAGGCCGAGGUGCAGGUGUUCGAGAAUGAAAGGGCGGCGGAGAUCGCCGCGGCCAAGGCCGAGCUUGCCAUGAAGAAGGCCGGGUGGGACAAGCAGGCCAAGGUGGCCGAGGUCGAGGCGGCCAAGGCCGUCGCCAUCCGCGAGGCCGAACUUCAGAUGGAGGUCGAGCGCAAGAACGCCAUGCGCCAGACCGAGAAGCUCAAGGCCGAGCAGCUCAGCAAGGCAACCGUGCACUAUGAUACACAGGUUCAAGAAUCAAAUGCGCAACUCUAUAGCAGGCAGAAGGCGGCGGAGGCAAAGCUGUUUGAGCAGAUGAGGGUGGCGGAGGCGCGCAAGGCGCAGGCCGACGCGCACUUCUUCGAGCAGAAGAUGGCCGAGGACGCCAAGCUCUACGCCAAGCAGAAGGAGGCAGAGUCCGUGGGCUUGGUGGGCAAGGCCAAGACGGAGUACGUGGCGUCCAUGCUCCAGGCGCUCGGUGGCAACUACCACGCGCUCAGGGACUACCUCAUGAUCGACGGCGGCGUGUACGCCGAGAUGGCGCGCAUCAACGCCGGCGCGGUCAACGGCAUGCAGCCCAAGAUCAGCAUCUGGAGCAACGGCGGUGGCGCGGACGGUGCCGGGAACGCGGCCGGAGAGGCCGCAGCUGGCAGCGCGCUGCAGCAGGUGGCCGGGGUGUACAAGAUGCUGCCGCCGCUUCUGUCCACGGUGCACGAGCAGACCGGGAUGCUGCCGCCGGCGUGGAUGGGUGCACUGCCCAAGGACGAUGCUGCUACCAACUGA